CAGCUGUAUGUUUGGCGCGUCUCUAUCGCUUCCUCUCUCUCUCUGGAAGUAGCCGACAGGGCUUUGACGCACGCCGUGCUGACAAAAUUGCAAAUCUGGAUUCUAAACUCUACACAAAAGGGAGUUCACAAACGAGGAAUCUUAGGUUUUUCAGCAGAUAACAGUGUUAGCAGCCGUCUGUUAUGUCACGUUUUUUCGCCAAAUCCGACAGCGAGUCGGAGGAAUCCUCGUCCGCCGAUGAGAUCACCCCGAAAGCGACCGGGACUACUUUCAACAAGCAGGCCCUGUUGCUGAGCGAUGAUGAGGAGGACACCAAAAGAGUGGUACGCAGUGCCAAGGACAAGAGGUUUGAGGAGCUCACCAACUUUAUCAAGACGAUCCGCAAUGCCAUGAAGAUCCGAGACAUAUCCAAAUGUCUGGAGGAGUUUGAGCAGUUGUGUCGAGCGUUCAUCAAAAGCAAAGCCAUCGUGGACAAAGAGGGAGUGCCGCAGUUCUACAUCCGCCUGCUAGCUGAUCUGGAGGACUAUCUCAACCAGUUAUGGGAGGACAAGGAGGGGAAGAAGAAGAUGAACAAAAACAAUGCGAAAGCCUUGAGCACACUGCGCCAGAAGAUCCGCAAAUACAACAGGGACUUUGAAACAGAGAUUGCCAGCUAUAAAGAGAACCCUGAGCAAUCAGCUGAAGAAGAGGAGGAGAAGGAUGACAUUGGCAGUGGGUCAUCCUCGGAGAGUGAUGAUGAUGAUGGUGUCACUGCCAAGAGCUUUAUGAAGAAGAAGCCUCAAGAAGAGGAGAAGGCGGCACCAGAGGCCAGCAAGUUCCUCAAGGGCGCUGCUGAUGAAGAGUCAGAGAGUGAAGAUGAUGAUGAGAGUGAGCAUUGGAGCUCUGAUUCAGUGGGCAGCGGCAGUGAGAGUGAAGACAAUGAAGGAACUGCAGCAUCACUGGCUGUGGUUUUCCUCAAAAAAACUCAAGACGGCGACAAGCAGUCCGACCGCAGGAGGGACGACAAAAAGGAAGACAGAAAGAGGAGACCCAAGAAGAAGGUAACAGAGGAGGAGGGUGAAGAAGAGGGAGAAGCAGAGGAAGGAGGAUGGGAGAAGGUGAAGGGCGGCGUGCCGCUUGUGAAGGAGAAGCCCAAGAUGUUCGCCAAAGGCACGGAGAUCAAUACUGCUGUGGUGAUCAAGAAACUCAACGAGAUCCUGCAGGCCAGAGGAAAGAAAGGAACAGACAGAGCUGCUCAGAUCGAGCUCCUUCACUCUCUGGCUGGCAUCUCUAAUGAGAAUAACCUCGGUGAAGGCAUCCUUGUCAAGAUUAAGUUCAACAUCAUUGCCUCCCUAUACGACUACAACCCCAACCUGGCCGCCUUCAUGAAGGCGGAUAUGUGGAAGAAGUGUCUGGACUGCAUCGAUGAGCUGCUGGACAUCCUGUUCAACAACAACAACAUCUUCAUCGGAGAAAACAUUGCAGAGGACAGCGAGAACCUGGCCGUUUCUGACCAGCCGUUCCGUGUGCGUGGCUGUAUUCUGACUCUGGUGGAGCGGAUGGAUGAAGAGUUCACCAAAAUCAUGCAGAACACAGACCCUCACUCUCAGGAGUAUGUUGAUAACCUGAAGGACGAGGGCCGUGUGUGUGGCAUCAUUGACCGCCUGCUGCAGUAUCUGGAGACUAAAGGCAGCACAGAGGAAGUGUGUCGCGUCUACCUGCGCAGAAUCAUGCACACGUACUACAAGUUCGACUACAAAGCCCACCGUCGCAGCCUGGGCCUGCAGGGAGAGACAAAGUCCGAGCAGGAUCAGGAGGAGAGCGAGGGAGAGGACAGUGCUAUAAUCAUGGACCGUUUGUGUAAGUUUAUCUACGCCAAAGAUCGCACGGACCGUAUCCGUACCUGCGCCAUCCUGUGCCACAUCUACCAUCAUGCCCUGCACAGCCGCUGGUACCAGGCCAGAGACCUCAUGCUCAUGAGCCACCUACAAGACAACAUCCAGCAUGCCGACCCUCCUGUCCAGAUCCUGUACAACAGGACCAUGGUGCAGCUGGGCAUCUGUGCUUUCCGUCAGGGCAUGAUUAAAGACGCCCACAAUGCCCUUCUGGACAUCCAGUCCAGCGGCAGAGCCAAGGAGCUGCUGGGACAGGGACUCCUCAUGAGGAACAUGCAGGAGAGAAAUGCUGAGCAGGAGAAGAUCGAGAAGAGGCGACAGGUGCCGUUCCACAUGCACAUUAAUCUGGAGCUCUUGGAGUGUGUGUACCUGGUGUCAGCCAUGCUGCUAGAGAUCCCUUACAUGGCGGCCCAUGAGUUUGAUGCCCGUCGCAGGAUGAUCAGCAAACAGUUCCACCACCAGCUGAGGGUGGGCGAGAGACAGCCACUGCUGGGUCCUCCCGAGAGCAUGAGGGAGCACGUCGUGGCCGCCAGCAAGGCCAUGAAGAUGGGAGACUGGAGAACGUGCCAUUCCUUCAUCAUCAAUGAGAAGAUGAACAGCAAAGUGUGGGAUCUGUUCCCAGAAACCCAGUGUGUGCGGGAAAUGCUCGUCAGGAAGAUCCAGGAGGAGUCGCUGCGCACUUACCUUUUCACCUACAGUAGUGUGUAUGACUCGAUCAGUAUGGAAACUCUGUCAGAGAUGUUUGAGUUGGAGUUACCCACAGUGCACAGCAUUAUAAGCAAGAUGAUCAUCAAUGAAGAACUCAUGGCAUCACUAGACCAGCCGACCCAGACGGUGGUGAUGCACAGGACAGAGCCCACAUCCCUGCAGAAUAUGGCCCUGCAGCUGGCCGAGAAACUGGGCGGCUUGGUGGAGAACAAUGAACGUGUGUUCGACCUCAAACAGGGCGUCUAUGGAGGCUACUUCAACAGAGAUCAGAAAGGUGGUUACCAACAGAAGCAAGGCUACCAGAGAGGAGCUCCAGACCAGAGGGGAGGUUACCAACAGAAGCAAGGUUACCAACGAGAUCAGAAAGGUGGUUACCAGCAGAAACAGAACUACCAGCGAGGAGGAUACAGGAACCAGAACCAGAGCUCAUACUGAUCCCAGCGCGGCCUGUUCAAACACGGCUUCAUUCCAGAACCAGACUGCAGGUUCCUCUGCUUAUCCAGCCACCAACUCCAGAUCUGUUUCAAUACAUCAGCCUUACCCUCUGUUUUGCAGUGCUUUAGUUGCAGAUAACACCAAAACAUAUAAGCUCAAUUUUAUUGUUAAUGCAUAAAAUGGCACCACAGUUAGCAUGUUUAUCUAUAAUUUGAGUUUACAGUGUCGAGGGUCCUGGACUAGCAGUUGUGGAGAUAAUAUAGUUGGCAGGGAAGAAAUAUCAAGUUUUUUGUGUUACAACCUGGUGAAUUAAUAAAGAUUAUUCAGUCAAAAUGAA